CCUCCUUUGUGUUACGUUUUGACGCGCGUCACCGCGCGUUCACACUUUUUGACAAAAAUUUUAUUGUUUACUACUCUAUUAUAUAAGGAAAACAAAAAUAUUUUGGAAGAUUAUAUUAUUAAAAUCAUUUUAUAUGAAUUUCAUCACAAAGUUACUUAAGCACACUAUGGGCACAGUUCACGCGAAGGUGUCACAUCGAACUCCUUACUUCGCGGAGGACGAGGCUCCACUCUUCGAGUUUGACGACCUAGAAGAAGACCCGCCCCCGCGCUCCUCCAUCGCGCUCAACGGGAUCAAGGCUCGAGUGGAUCGCGUGAACGUGGAUGGACUAGACCGCACUCAGGAUGACGUCAUCCGAGGCACCGUCGAUGAUCUCUUCAAGGCACAGGACUUCGAAGACGUUAUUGUACGCGCACACAAGGUGAGGCAGGCACUAGACAACCUUGGAUGCUUCCGAAAUAUUUGCGUAUACAUCGACGUCUCAUCAGGACCCGACGCCACGCCCGACGGACUCGAGGUAACGUUCCAAGUGCGUGAAAUGUCUCGAGUGACGGGCGGUGUGAACGCAUCGGUCGGUGAAAAUGAAGGCAGCGUCGUGUUCGGUCUUCGUCUCCCGAACCUGUUCGGCCGUGGCGAGCGUGCACAAGCUGCCUAUAGCCAUGGAUAUCGUAACACCGCUAGUUUUAAUGUCACGGUUUCCAAACCACUUCACCUCAAACCUUAUUCACCUGUGGUCUCCGGGUCGAUAUACCAGCACAGUCAAGACUAUCCCUGGUCAGGAUACCAUCUCCUCGACCGCGGCGUGCUCUUCGACGUCGCGUUCAAAACCUCACCCACGACAAAACACACCGUGCAGUGGGAGGGUCUCGUGCGUGACGUCACAGUGCUAAACAAGACCAGCUUCAAAAUACGGGAGAGCAGUGGUCCACACUUAAAAUCAGUGCUCCGCCACACUAUCAGCGUGGACCACCGCGAUGAAGAAGUAUUCCCGACACAAGGGGUCUUCGUACAACUUAGCCACGAGCUGGCCGGGCUGGGGGGCAGCGUGGCUCACGUAAGGGCUGAGCUGCGAGCUCAGGCGAGCCACACGCUCAAUGCGGAAGCUGGCGUGGUGUUACAGGCGAGUGUUACUUAUUUAGGGGUCUUCGUGACUGUAACUUAUUUAGGGGUCUUCGUACAACUUAGCCACGAGCUGGCCGAGCUGGGGGGCAGCGUGGCUCACGUGAGGGCUGAGCUGCGAGCUCAGGCGAGCCACACGCUCAAUGCUGAAGCUGGCGUGGUAUUACAGGCUUGCGCGGCGGCCGGCGUCCUACACGACGUGUAUGGCACGGCGCCGCCUGAUCACUUCUUCCUCGGAGGACCCACCAGUGUGCGCGGCUUUCAACAGAGAGGGUUAGGCCCACAUUGUGAUGGACAGGCCGUUGGUGGGAGGGCAUACUGGGCCAGUGGCGUCCACCUAUUCGCACCGCUCCCAGUACCAGGCGGUCGCACAGGGCUGGGCGCUUUAUUCCGCUCCCACUUGUUCUUGAACGCCGGCUGCCUCGCCUUUCCAGAGCACCGCGGCCAGUGGUCGGGGGCGCAGCUCCAGGCUCUCUCCCUGGCGCGGGUAUCCCUGGGCUUGGGGCUUUGCGUGCGGCUCGGGAGGGCGGCCCGGUUGGAGCUCAACUACGUGCUGCCGCUCAGGGCUCUGCCCCCGGAUAGACCGUAUUCAGGCCUUCAGUUGGGACUCGGCGCUAGUUUCUUAUAGGAAUUCAUACAGUGAAUAUAAGAUGAAAAAGUUUGCCGAGCGUUUUACCAAGUUUCGUGCUGUGCCCGUUUUGUGCUGUCCAUCACUACCGUCCGUCGUGUCCGUCACGUAAUGUCUCUGAUUGUCAAGAAUUUACUAUUGCGGUUCAAAUUAUAUACCAACCAUUUAUUUGUG